AUGGAUAAUCAUUCAUCAUCGAGUUUGCUUUUUGAAAAUACAAAUGGAUCAAUUUAUUCAAAUGAUUUAGUUCUAAGUAUAAUUGAAGAUGUUUCAUCUUCAUCAACAAAUACAAAUGGUAGUUUAUCACCAUCAUCACCCUCAUCAAAUCAAUCAUUUGAUAUGUCAACAAAUCAAAUGUCAUUUCCUUGUUGUAUAUUUCGUUGUAAACAAAAUUCACAUCCGUUCCAAGAGCGUUGCAUUCCAUUAAACGAACAAGUUAAAGUUGGACGGGCUGUUGCUCGACUUAAAGCUCUUCCAAAUAAUGCCAUUUUUGAUUGUAAAGUACUCUCACGACAACAUGCAAGACUUUGGUAUGAAGAUGGCAAGUUUUUAUUACAAGAUACAAAAAGUUCGAAUGGUACAUUUGUUAAUAAUGAACGAUUAGGUAAAUGUAAUGAAGAAAGUCCCCCGUUUGAAAUCUAUUCCGAUGAUGUCGUUCAAUUUGGUGUUGAUGUUACUGAGAAUAAUCGAAAAACUACACAUAACUGUAUCAUUAUGGAAGUUCGACUCUUUCAUGCAGAUGGUAGUGAAUCUUUAGCUCGAAGUGCUAAUGGUCAAUCUUUAGCUCAAAUAAAAGAACUUGAUAUAAAUACACAAACAUUAUAUCAAUUAGCUCAAUAUAUUCAAGAAGCUAUGCAUCGUGAACAAAUGCUUGAACAAAAAUUGGAAUAUCUCCAACGUGUACUACGUAAUACACAACAAACAUCCGAUGAUAGUUGGCAAGCAAUUAUUAAUGAAGAUCGUCUUCUAAUGCGAAUCAAUGCAUUAGAAGAUCAAAUUCGUAUUUAUCGUACUAAACAUCCGAAUGAAGAUCCGAUAAAACAAGAAUUAGUUCAAUUAACUGAAUCACAUACAAAAUUUGAACAAGAAUCAAAAAUUAAAUUAGAAAAAGCAUUGAUUGAUUGUGCAGAUGCGAAUAGUCGAAGUAAAUCUCUUGAGUGUGCAUUACAAAUAGCACAAGAUGAAUUAAAACGUUUUAAUGAACAAAAUGAACAACAGAAAGAAGAUAUUCAACAACUUGUACAAUCAGUUGAUGAACAACGUUCGUUGAUUUCAGAUAUUGAAAUACAAUUACGAGAUUCUCAAACAAGAUGUACAGAUAUAGAAAUCGAAAAACAACGAAUACAAAAUGAUUUUGACGAAUAUUAUCAACGAACACAUCAUCUAGAAGAAUUACAACAGAAAUCGAUACAAAAUGGAACAGCUCAUGGUCGAUUUCAAGUACAAUCUUCUUUACUUGAUCCAAUUAUAGAAAAUAAUAAUUCUAUUGAUAUUCCAAUAUUGAAAGAAAAUGGAGAAAAUGAAACACAUGAUGAGUCAAUAAUGCCAUUAGAUCAAAUUGAUCCUAUUGUUAAUCAUAAUCAUACAGAAAAAUAUGAUAAUAUCAAUGGACAUGAUUCUGUUAAUGAAUUAAUAGAAGCACAAAAACAAAUUGUUUUACUUCGUGAAAAUUUAAAUAAAACAAAUGAACGUGUAGUUUCUGCUGAAGAUUCGUAUCGAAGUGAACAAGAACGUUACCGUUCAUUGAUAUCGGAACAUGAAUUGAUACGUGAUGAAUUAAAUCAAUUAAAAAUUCGUUUAAAUAAAGAAAAGAAUGAUAAUAAUGAAUUAGUUCAAGAACAACAAAAUAAACUUGAUACAUUAUCAAAAUCAAUUUUAUCAAAACAAAUUGAGCAUGACCAAUUGCUUAGUAUUUAUCUAUGUUUUUUUCUUUUCUAUUAUUUGUUCAUUUUUUGUCUUUUCUUUUUUCUUUUAUGAUGGUGACACUCUUUUUUUUUCUUCUUCUUCUUCUUUAUUUCAUUCGAAUUAUUUCUCUAUUAUUUUCAAAGACAAAAUCUUCUCUCUUUUUUUUUCUAUACUAAACAAACAACAUAAAGAAUAAAUAGAGAAAUGUAAUUGUAUUAUAUAUAUAUAUACAUAUAAUAUGUUUUUCAUUUCUUACACAUUUGGUUUGUUUUAUCAUAAACUCAAUACAUAUUGAUUCUACACUGUGAAAAUAAUUCAUUAUAUUAUAACCUACUUCCACAAAAAUGCUGUUAAAAUUUUUUCUAUGGAAUAGAAUUGAACAAGGCUCAAUGGAUGUCUUGCUUAGAAUUUAAUAUGUAUGUAAAAUAAACAGAUACAUACAAUGUAGCCUCUCUUACUCAUACAAUCACUUCUCAACAAACAUGAUUUAUUGAGAGAAAACCAUCUUGAGGAUGUGGGUGUGGUGGGUGUGAAUAUAGAUGUGG